AUCAACUCCCUUGCCUUGAGUUCUCUCCUCUCGAUUGUUCAUAGGCGACGGCGGCGGCUAUUGGGACGGUAGCGCUGAUCGGCAUCGAAGGCGAUGGAGCCCCGACGGCGAGAUCCCGGGGAACGAGCCCCUGUAUAUGGUGAUUUUGAUGGGCAUUUCACAGUAGAGAUUCAUCACAAAGGAUUCUUCUAUGGAACUGGCAACAACAACUACUACAUUGACUAUGAAGUUGAUUGGUUUGAUCAUUGUGAUUGUGACACUUGGUCUAUACUGUGGAUUGAAGACUUUGUGAAGCAGCUGGGCUAUGAUAGAGAGACAGGGCAGCAUGAUGUAUACUGGUGUCAGCCUGGAAGGGCACUUAAUGAAGGAAUGAGAGAGAUGAAGUCUGAUGCUGAUAGCCUUGCCAUGAUAGCAGCUAGCACUAUACACAAGAAUCUGUUGCUGCUCAUAGACCAUGGAGAAACAUUAAACAACCUUCUUAGACAUCAUAUUACAGUUGAUGGACUGCCUGAGUUGCCAAAGGUCGUAACCCCAACAAAAGAUGGCAAGGGAAAAGAACAAGCUAGCUCAACUGAAGUGAUAAGUGAGAAAACUGAAAGGAGAGCAAGGAGAUUGUUUACUGAAGCAACAUCUACAGGAUGUGUUGAUGAAGAAGUGGAGGAAGAACAUAAAAAUGGUGCAGCAGAUUCAGACACAGAUGAGGAAUUCUAUGAUAGUGACUAUGAUAUUAUGGAUGGGGAUGAUGAUCUUUUUGAGGAACAUGUCGACAAAGAGGUGGAUGAUCACAGAGAAAAGGUUUACACAUGUGACUAUCAAACAGAGCUAGCAGAAGAUGCUCUAGAUGAUCCUACCAUAAUGUUAUCCAAAGAAGAGAGGGAUAAACUUAAGUACAACUUCAAGACUUACAAUCCAGAAACUGAUUUGAACGCACAUGUAUUCAGAUUAGGUAUGGUGUUUGGUACUGUUGGGGAGCUGAGGCAUGCUAUUACCUCUUAUAGCAUCAGAAACAGAGUUGCAAUCAAAAAGACUAGAAACACAUCAACUACAGUAGAAGCAGUAUGCGUUGAUGAUUGCCCGUGGUACUUGAAAGUAGGGAUGGAUAACAGGAAAAAUAGCUUUGUGAUCAAGAAAUACUGUGAUCAGCACACAUGCCCUAAGACAUGGAAGCUGAAGGGUCUAACUGCUCCAUUUUAACCAAAAAAUUGAGAGAUGAGUUUAGGGGCAACAAGAAGAUGCCAUUGCAGAAAUUUGAGGAGAAGGUUCAACAGGAGUACAAUCUAAUUCCAAGUAGGAGCAAGUUGGGAAGGGCUAGAAGAGCAUCAGUAAAGCAGAUCAGAAGUGAGGAUGAUGACCAGUAUAAGAUGCUAUGGGAUUAUGGAGAGGAGUUGAGGCAAACAAACCCUAGUAACAAGUUCUACCUUUGCACAAAGGAGAUCUUUGAUGAAAAGACCAAGGAGACAAAAGAACAUUUCUCAACUUUGUACUGGUCAUUGGAUACUUGCAAGAGAGGUUGGUUGUUGGGAUGUAGGCCAAUCCUAUUUGUGGAUGGAUGUUAGAUUAAGACUAGGUACAAUGGGAAUUUAUUGAUAGCAGUGGGUAUUGACCCCAAUGGUUGUAUUUUUUCCCUAGAAUUUGGGAUUGUUGAAGUGGAGUCUACUAGCAGCUGGGAGUGGUUUUUGGCUAGCCUAAAGGACGACCUCAACAUAUGCAACACCUCUCCAUACACAAUC